CCGGACUCUUCAUCAUUCCAGCGCCAAGACCCUCUCAUAUCACAGCAGAGCAAUUCGAAAGAACAUCCCUUCGUACACCUACUUCAGCGCUAUUCUCGCUCUCGUUACCACCAUAUCAUGCAAGUCGCAGAGAUCCUCUCGGACAUAACCUCCCUACGAGUGUGUGACCACGCUGAUGCCCUCACCCUCGUCACCGUAAACGAGCGACUCCCUCCGCGCGCACCCUCACAAGAAACCCAAUUUCAAUCGCAAUCGCAAGCACAAUCUCACCGUGACAGUAACGAAGACCUCCGACGCGCAAAAGAAUUGGUGAAUUUACACCACGAACUCAAGACGAGACAUGCGAAUGGGACUGUCGAUGAGGAGUUGGCGAGGGCGAGGGAGAAUGUGAAGAAGGUGUUGAAGGAGGUUAGUUAUAAUGGGGAGGGGAUUAGUGAGAGGGCUUGGGACAUAUCGUUUUAAUGUGGAAUGAUUCAGAAGGAAAACGGGGUCGAGGUUAUGGUUAUGAUCAUGGUAUGGAAACUGGAUGCCCGGUUUGGGCUUAUUGAAUGUCUACUACUUUAAUAUCACUUAUGCAUCUGUUUUAUAGAACACGAAUAUUUGCCACUUGUAUCAAUUGGUGUCUACAAGUCACAAUCCAACUAUGCAUUGGCUCUGAUCCAUCACUGAGUCCCUUCCCAAAAAGGCAACCCUGCAGCUCCGAUAAGCACCGGACCGAAAUCACUCCGGUGUACGUCCACCA